AGCUGGUUCUGAUAGCAGAUAGAGAUGUCUGGUCGCGGCAAGGGCGGGAAGGGCCUCGGCAAAGGCGGCGCCAAGCGCCACCGCAAGGUGCUGCUCGACAACAUCCAGGGCAUCACCAAGCCCGCCAUCCGCCGCCUGGCCCGGCGCGGCUGCGUCAAGCGCAUCUCGGGGCUCAUCUAUGAGGAGACCCGCCGCGGCAUGCUCAAGGUCUUCCUGGAGAACGUCAUCCACGACGCCGUCACCUACACGGAGCACGCCAAGCGCAAGACGGUCAGGGCCAUGGACGUGGUCUACGCGCUCAAGCGCCAGGGGCGCACGCUCUACGGCUUCGGUGGCUGA